AUGUCAACUGAUGAUGAUAUUUCGGCUGUUUCGGAUGUUGAAAAUGCAAAAAUAUCAGAUGGUACAAGUACAGCUGGUGAACAUAAUACGGAUAAAGUCAAUGAUGCAAAAGUUGAAGAACAAUCCGAUGUAAAUUCAAGAAUCGAAGAAGAAAAUCAACCUGAUGAUGAAAUAAAAAGAGAAAAUAAUAAACGUGAUAUUGAUGAAAUUGAAAAAAAUGGUUCAAAAGAAGAAGAAGGACAAUCGGCAGUAGAAAAUGAACAAGAUGAAACAGUCGAAUCAAUAUCAACAAAUAAAAAAAUAAAAAUUAUUGAUACAACAACAGAUGAAAAUAAUGAAACAGAUUCGGAAUUACCGAAAGAAGAAUUAACUGUUGUUUAA